UUUUUAUAUUUAACUAGAAGAAAAAACCUGAUUGGAAGAAAUGUGGCAUUUUUCCUUAGACAAAAAAUUCGCAUUUCUUUUAUAAUUCCGGUCGUAAUUACCUUUUGCAUUAAGAGUUGGCAGUAAUCAUUGCUUCCCGUUUAGUCUACUUGAACCUCAUCAGAUGGUUUGUUUUACUGGUUAUUUUAAAAAACACCACAGAUUAAAAUCUUCCUAAUUCAAAAGCGUGCUUUUAUUGAGAAAUAUCUUAAGCUUAAUUUAUUACUGUUCUUCAUAUCCAUUCUUGACUCCCUUUCUGCAAUCAUCCCAGAGUUAAAAAAUACAUUUCAGUCCGCCAACCGAAACAAAAUUUCAUGACAACAUUAUUUCUGCAAAAAAUAUAUAGUUUUCACCCUUGUAAUUUUUUGUUGUUUUCAUUGAUUCUAUAAUCAAAUACACCAGGUUUUCAGUUGCUUCUGAUCUUGCUGUAAUCUCGUGAGUUGUGGCUUCUGGUGAACAAAGUAUAGGGCCGAACACGGCUAACAGAAGAACUAAAGGCGCCAAUUUACUACUGAAAGAAGUGAGCGGCACUAUUUAUAAUAGUCGGGCAAACCAGUGAUUAUGGACCUUCAGCCGGCGUAUGACUUCUUCUGUAUAGUGUAUGGCCUCGUCGGAAUUCCAGGAGUACUCGGGAAUUUUGUGGUGAUGUUGGUGAUCUGUGUGAACAAGAGCAUGCACACCGCCACCAGCUUCUUCCUCUUCAGUAUGUCCCUCAGUGACGUCAUCUUCCUCCUCUUCUGCAUCCCACUCAACAUCUACGUCGUCCACACCAAACACUGGCUACUCGGCGACGUCCUAUGCAGUCUCUUCUGGUACCUCAUGUAUGUGACGGUGCUGGUGACGUGUAUAACAAUGGGGCUUCUGGCGGCAGAUCGCUUCCUCGUCUUUUGCCACCCCAUGACUGCCCUGCAAUACCGACAACCCAAAGUGGCUCUGCUCGCCAACCUGUCUGUUUGGAUAUUUUCGCUGGUUGCGUGUCUGCCCUUCAUGAUUGCCACGUGGAUUAACCCUUCCGACAAGACUCACAUCUGCCGUGAAGGAUGGGGAGCGAAGGCCAAUCUGGUGGCCUACUCUUUCUUCUUCGUGCUGGCCUACGUGCUGCCGGUGGGCACUGCACUAGUAUGCUACGGCAACGUAUUCAAACUGCUCAACUCGACCGAUGACCAAUCUCAACAAGCAUUGACCGAGAACGUGGGCAAUCGGGAGCUGUUGAUGAGGAGGAGGAAAAGGGUGACUUUCAUGGUGUCCAUCAUCACUCUCUGCUUCAUCAUCAUUUGGACCCCCAUUCACACCAUCAACUUCAUCAUCAGGGUUCGAAUGCUGGACGAGAACCAUAAAUUCAGCACAGCCGAGUUGCUGGGCUCGCUCCUCUGUCGUCUACUCUUUUUUUUGGGUAGUACCGUAAACCCAAUCAUCUACGCUUUCGUAGGGAGGAACUUUCGCAACAACCUCACUAACACGAUCACCCGAUUCCGCCGACUCAUUUCAAGCAGCAACAAGCAACCCGCGACCGCAACUAAUGGAGCCAAAAGUUCACGCGAGGUGGGGCAGUUGGACGACGCCAGAGUAUGUCGAAACUCUAAUGGGGGAGACGGUCUUCGAGCAAAUAGGGGGAGAGUGGUCGAGACUACAGGAACUCAGGGCGUUACUGCGUCUUCACUACGCCGCACUUCUGAAAACCUGACUGGCAACGCCGGACACAGUGUGAGUAGAGCCAGCAAAAACGGACAAAGUGUUCCACUGGCAUCUGAAAUAUGACGAAGAAAUCAAGCCGCCCAAAAACUAAACAAGAAACGUUAAUCAAAAUUUAUUCAUAAACUUUGUUUGUCACAUUCCACAUCAGAGUCAGUGUCCGCGGAGCUAGUUAGUUAGAUGUCCAUUUUUUAGUCAUUGUUCAACCAAUUAUUUUGUAAAAGUCACUUAAACGCUUUUUUUUUGAAAGGACUAAAAUUCGAUUAUUUUAUCGGCUCUUUACCUUUUUACCUCCUACAUUUGAAUUUCAGGUUUGAAAAGCUAGCACUACGUUGUAAUAAUGUAAUGAAAAUUUGCAUGGCGAAGAAACUAGUUAUUGUGCACACAGUUUUUCUUCAUACCUUUUAUCGUAAAAUCAC